AGCAACGCCUCCAAACAUCUCACCCUUCACACCGAAAGCCCGUUUAUUGAAUGCGCGACUUCUUAUUCACAUCUAUAUAAAUCCCUGUUUCCAGACUUCAUACUUUAGUGUUUUAAUCUGAGGGGGGAAAACGGUCUCAUCCUCACCGAUUAUCAUUUCGGCAUUUCGGAAAUAAACCGAGGAGAGUAAGUUCCACUCCCCGAGCGCAAAGGCUUGCAUCGUGGCUCUCUCAGAAGUGGCAUGUUCGAGGGAUACUGCGGACACAAUUGAACUCCUGCUUUCACCCAAAGAGGAUUCAAUGAAAAUGUCCGUGUGCGUCCAUGAGAACAGAAAAUCACGAGCCAGCACUGGCUCGAUGAACAUCUACCUGUUCCACAAGUCCUCCUAUGCGGACAGUGUCCUCAUGCACCUCAACUCGCUGCGGCAGCAACGGCUUUUCACAGACGUCCUGCUUCAUGCAGGUACCCGCUCCUUCCCAUGCCACCGCGCCGUGCUGGCUGCCUGCAGCCGCUACUUUGAGGCCAUGUUCAGCGGUGGGCUGAGGGAGAGCCGGGCCAGCGAGGUCGACUUCCGUGGCACCAUCCACCCAGAGGUUUUGGAGCUCCUGCUGGAUUACGCGUACUCAUCACGUGUGGUCAUCAACGAGGAGAACGCAGAGUCACUAUUGGAGGCCGGGGACAUGCUAGAGUUUCAGGACAUCCGGGAUGCAUGUGCUGAAUUCCUAGAGAGAAACCUUCACCCGUCUAACUGCCUUGGCAUGCUCUUGCUGUCUGAUGCCCACCAGUGCACCAAGCUGUCAGAGCUGUCCUGGGGCAUGUGCCUCAGCAAUUUUCCAGCUAUUUGCAAGACAGAAGACUUCCUCCAACUGCCCAAAGAUAUGGUGGUGCAGCUUUUGUCACACGAGGAGCUUGAGACAGAAGAUGAGAGACUGGUUUAUGAAGCUGCCCUUAACUGGAUCAACUAUGACCUGGAAAAGAGACACUGCCACCUUCCAGAGCUCCUGAGGACUGUCCGUCUGGCCCUGUUGCCUGCAAUCUUUCUCAUGGAGAAUGUUUCUACAGAAGAGCUGAUCAACUCCCAGCCCAAGAGCAAGGAGCUGGUGGAUGAAGCUAUCCGAUGUAAGCUGAAGAUCCUUCAGAACGAUGGCGUUGUUAACAGCCCGUGUGCUCGACCAAGAAAGACCAGCCAUGCGCUAUUUCUUCUGGGAGGGCAGACUUUCAUGUGUGACAAGUUGUACCUCGUGGACCAGAAAGCCAAAGAGAUCAUCCCCAAGGCUGACAUACCCAGCCCCAGGAAGGAGUUCAGCGCCUGCGCCAUCGGCUGUAAGGUGUACAUCACCGGUGGUAGAGGCUCAGAGAACGGUGUGUCCAAAGAUGUGUGGGUCUACGACACCGUCCACGAGGAAUGGUCCAAGGCGGCGCCCAUGCUCAUUGCCAGGUUUGGCCAUGGCUCUGCAGAGCUGAAACACUGCCUCUAUGUGGUAGGAGGUCACACGGCAGCAACUGGCUGCCUACCUGCUUCUCCGUCUGUAUCCCUCAAACAGGUGGAGCAGUUUGACCCAGUGGCAAACAAGUGGACCAUGGUUGCUCCUUUGAGAGAGGGUGUGAGCAAUGCAGCAGUGGUCAGUGUCAAGCUCAAGCUCUUUGCCUUUGGAGGAACCAGCGUCACCCACGACAAGCUACCCAAGGUCCAGUGCUAUGAUCCGCAGGAGAACCGAUGGUCUGUGCCGGCGUCCUGCCCGCAGCCGUGGCGCUACACAGCCGCUGCCGUGCUCGGAAACCAGAUCUUUGUCAUGGGUGGGGAUACAGAGUUCUCAGCAUGCUCGGCUUAUAAGUUCAGCAGUGAGAGCUACCAGUGGACUAAAGUGGGUGACGUGACGGCCAAGCGGAUGAGCUGCCAGGCCGUGGCGUCGGGGAACAAACUGUAUGUGGUGGGUGGGUACUUUGGCACACAGCGGUGUAAAACUCUGGACUGCUAUGACCCCACGUUGGAUGCUUGGAACAGCAUCACUACUGUGCCAUACUCGCUCAUUCCCACUGCUUUCGUCAGCACCUGGAAACAUCUGCCUGCAUGAGCCCCAGACCCUCUACCUACACGCUUCCCAUGAGAUUUCCCUUUCUUGCUUUAUCUACUGGACUCCAACUGUGAAGAAGCACACGUUAUCUUCCUCUAAAAAGAGACACUGAGCAGUGAUGUACAGACACCCUCAUUCAUCUUGAUGUUGCAAAGAUGCAGAAACCGGACAGAAGCUGGACACUAUUACUGGAAUGAUGUCGUCUCUCAUUUCCGUGAAGGAGCGGUAGAUCACGCAAAACAAACCAAACAAACUGCUGCUUGUUCUAUGAGGCACAAACUCCAACCUUGUGUACAUCUGGUAUAUCAGGCUUGUGCUUUCAUGCUGCCAUAUGAGGACUGCAAACAUAUCACACAACCUGCAUUUUCCCCAAUUAGUCAUGACAGGCUUGUGAGGAUCUGUAUUGAUGUUUUUCUCUAUGAUAAAAAAAAGAAGGAAAAAAAAAUACUCUUUUUCAUCGAGGCUGCAAUGUAUAGCAUGAUGGAUGUUCUAUUUAGAUUGAUGGAGGGAGAAUGCAAAGAACAGAACUCAGUUUGACUGAAUGUAGCUGAUUUUUAAAAGACACAAUGAAGGAGCAAAUCUCCACCUUCUCUUCUCUAAUAAGCUUUUUUUUAGUUUGACCCCUUGUAACUAUUUUCUUCUUCUAUCAAAGACGUGCUUCUCACAGCUGUGACACUGAAACAAACCUAUGAGUGUUCCUCUUAUGAAGGCUUUGGCAGUUUUCUGUCACUGCAAGCCACGAGGUGUUGACGACCAACACCAGCUGAGGUUGAAGAGGAUGGAGGGGGAUCUGUUCGUGGCAGGGGGUUUGGUGGGGGGUUGCCCUCGCGGGUCACGACCUUACAUGUUUGCUGUUUCGCAGCUACGCAUUAACGCCCACUGAGCGCCGGUUAACUAACCCACUGUACACAGGGUCGGUAUUCAGUGUUUGGUUUCGGCGCUUUAGAAAGAACACACAUUCAGCUGUACACUUAAUGCUGUAAAAGCCUGGCCGCGCUUCUGUUAUUCUGAUAAAAGCAGUUGCUCGCUUGCUGAGUCAUAGCUGAACCCUUUCUAGAGCAUGUCCACUCAUAGUGAUUCAGUAAAACUGGCAUGAUGAACUCUUCUCUGUGGUCACAGAAAUACUGUCACCUUAAUCCAAACUGAGAACGACUCAGUUUCUUUUUAAACUUGCUGCAAUGUAGUCUUAAUUUAUAUGACAAUGCUAACUCUGUUAUGUUAAUAUGUUUAAGCCUAUUUAUUUCUUCUCUGCCUGCGUUCUAAUGCGAGUGUAUGUUCGGGUUAUGUCAUGCAUGGCCAGGUGUUGUGUUUUGUUUGAUCUCAGUUGGGCUGCAUUUUGCACAAUUCAGUCUUUCCCAGGAGGAACUUUAACUUCUUUUACAAGACACAGAGGUGAACCUCUCACAGAGUACGAAUGGGAGAGGAAGAAUGGCUCGGAUUACUGACGGUGUGAAGCAGUUUAGGCCAAAGGGUCGCUGCCUAAGUAAGAAGACUGAAUGUGGUGAAAGAACUUUUCAUUUUUACUUAUGAUAGAUACUCUUUAAGCUCUAACCUGCGUCCAAACCUGUCUUAAAUCCUCCCUUCAAGGCCCUAACUGUACCAACAAAACAAGAAGAUUAUGAACCAUAAAACAUAUAAGGCUGCUGGAACGGAUCAGUAUGAGGCCCAGUAACUAACCCUGACAUGGUUAAGAAUGUGACAGUCUUUGCAGCUGUCCUCGGGACAGCUGGAGGACUGUCACAUGUGCUAACUUGGCUCUUCAGGGUGUUAACCCAGAGUCCUCUUCACCAUUUGGUUGAGUAAGAGUUGAAUCCAGAAAGCUGAGCAUUGAUAAGGGCAGACACCGCAGUGCUUUUCACCAUAGUGUCAAUGAUGCACAAUAAAAACACAAAAAACAUUGCAAGUUCCUGAAGACCAAAAAAAGAGAGUUUUGUCUUAAACACUUGCAUAUGAAAUAUUUGGUGAGUCUAAUCAGUGUUUUUGUGUCUAUGUCUGUCUAUGUGACCUGAACAUUGACGUUUUACAAUUGAAUAUUAAUGAAACCAUUUAAUUUCAAUGUAAGGGGGGAUGUUUUGGUUGAAUAUGUAUAUAAAUAUUUUUCAAAUGUCCUUCCUUGUGGAUUCAUGAAACAAAUCAAAUCUGUUGGGAUAAACUGGUAAACAGCUCUGUAAAUUCCUGCUCAGCUCCUAAAGCCACCAAAAAGUUCAUCCUUUCAUUGGCAAUUCGAAGACCUCUGUGGAGACCCUUAGGGCUCCAUAAUGUUGACCUCCUCCAACCACUGAACACAGAGCCUCUGCCCCCCAAUCCUAUAGGAGCAAUUAUCUCCCAUAGAACGCAAGUUUCCCUGGCAACAGCAAGAAAUGAAUGCCCCUUCAAUUUGCACCUAAUUGCCGAGUGGCAUUUCCCACUUCUACUCUUGCCCUCUACUUAUCCUCUGUUUUAUCUGGAAAUCCAGCUGGCUCUGAUUGGGAGCAUAGUAUCUCGCCAAGCAUAAUGAUGUAAAUUAGACAGAAAACUGUCAACGUGCAUCAGUUUCAUUUUUCUUUUGUCAUGUAAGAGUUUUAUUUCUAUUUUUUAUGGCAUUAUUUUGUACAUGUGAUUUUUUUCACAAUGUGAAAUUCAUGGCUAAUAAACAUAAGAGUUUUUUCCUCUUGACUGUAAA